AUGGACAUUUCAACAGAAGAGAGUUGUAAAAGUGAUGAUCCUUCAGAAAAUAAACGUAGAAGGCUAGCAGUUAAGCGAGGAGUUCCCAGCGACGAAGAGUUAGAGUGGCUUUCGCAGAAACUCGAAAAUUGGAAGGUAGUCGGGCGUCGUCUAAAAAUUGACACGCCAACAUUAACGGCGUUUGAUAUGGAAAAUAGCGGAUGGUUUGAAAAAAGUUACAGAAUGUUACUACAUUGGAAAGAGAGGAAUGUCUCAACUGCAACAUACACGAUCCUACAUGAUGCACUGUGUCAUCCAUUGGUUAAACGCACAGAUUUAGCUGAGCAACUUAUGACUGACAUUUCAACAGAAGAGGAGAGUUGUAAAAGUGAUGAUCCUUCAGAAAAUAAACGUAGAAGGCUUGCAGAACCGUUGAAUGUUGAGAAGUGCCAAGAGAAGCUAAAAUCUUAUUAUGACACCUUUAGUAAGGUGAAAAUCGUUCCAUGGGACGAAAGCUCUUCCAUUGAGAUUGAUGAGAUCUACACACCUUUGAAUUGGGUGAGAGAUCACAGGAAGCCCAGCGGAGUGACACAAGAGGAACUUGAAGACUAUACCGACAUGUUCAAGGGAAAACAUACACGAAUGCUUGUUUAUGGUCGGCCAGGAAUUGGAAAGAGUACUUUUUGUAAGAAGGCUGCAUAUGAUUGGUCGAAAACCUUAAAAGAAAUCCUAAAGAACUUUGGCAUUUUGCUUCUGAUUAAGUUGAGAGAUGUGUGUGACGUGGGAAACAUCCGUGAUGUUUUACGUGCGUCUAAAUUGCUGGCCAGUGAUGGUCCGAUCUCAGUUGAUAGUCUCUAUGAUUACAUAAUUAACAAUCAAGAUGAAGUGCUCCUUAUUUUGGAUGGCUACGAUGAGUACAGCUUUGCAGAAGAACACUCACCCAUCCUUGCAAUUUGGAAGGGUGAGCAACUAAGAGAUUGUCACGUCAUUGUCACCACGCGUGAACUUGCAUGUGACAAGUUAAGAGGCCCGAGUCACGUUCAGUUAGAAAUUCAAGGAUUCAAAAGCUUGGAACGAAUAGAAACCUUUGCGAGAAAAUUUUUGGCAGAUGAACAAGAUCCUAACGAGUUUAUGCACUACCUAAGUGAAAAAGAUCUCGUUGACAUGGCAGAAAUACCUCUCCUCCUACUGAUGUUGUGUAUUUUGUGGAAAGAGAAACAUCACGUGGGACUGCCAAAAUCACGGGCCGAUAUAUUCACACAAUUCAUUCAAACUAUGCUGGAUCACAAAGAUGGAAGUCACCAGCCUAUGCCAUUUCAGAAAGUGACCUCAACAGAAGCUAAAGAAGACUUUAGUAAUCUUGGAAAGGCUGCCUUUGAAGCACUUCUACAAGACCGUCUUUACGUACGCUGCAGCGAACUCCCCCGCAAUAUUUCAAGAAGUUUUGAAAAAUUAAGAGAAGUUGGGCUUUUCCAGAUUGUCAAUCUUACGAGUCUCAAUCCUGAGAAAGGGGCCUAUUUCAUUCAUAAAUCCGUCCAGGAGUUCCUUGCAGCCUGGCACAUUAAGGAGGAGGUGUUAUCGAUGAAAGGAGAAAGUGCGCCUAGCCUUUCCAAAGUUGAAUCAUUUGAAAAGAUCGUGAAGAUGAAUGAAGUUCUGAAAUUUGCCUGUGAGCUGUCAACAGAAGCCGCUUACGCAGUUUUCCGUCAUGUAGCGUCUGUUGGAAGAGAGGAAUCAUUCCGAACCGAACCGUUGUCUCAACAUCAAGAACUUUGUCGUGGGCUUAUCUCGCACAGCUACUUUUGUUGUUCGGCCGAGAAGAGGCGAGAUCUCUGCUCAGUGUUUCCCUCUUAUACCGGAGGUGUUUUGUUUCUUGAUUCUAACAAGCUGAACAUCACUGCAAAAGAACAUUUGCUGAAAUCUGGCAUGACACCCAACGUUAUCUUUUUUCCUCCCCUCGAAAAGUCUUCAGAGAAAAGCUAUCAAAACUUGAUCACUGUAGCAGAGGACACAGAUGCUGUAUUUUUUAGCCGUUCGGGCGAAAAGAAAGCCGCAGAUUUGUUGAAGAAAUUCCCGCGUCGUCCUGUGAGCGAGUUCUUUUUGAGGAGAGAGAGAAAAAUCAUCGUUUAUGUUUGUUGUUUAUGGAAAGAAGUUUAUGGCACUUUUCCGACUGAAAUGCUGCGAGAGCUCAUUUCGCUAACAGAAGAGUCUACUCGAGUGAAGCGUGUUGGUGAUCCGUUGAAUGAACAAGACAACGAAACAACUCCGUGUUUGACUCAGAACACUUUUAGCAUCACUGAUCUGACUCCUCAGAGUCUUUCCCGUCUGAUUAAAAUUCUUAUUUACCACAUUGAAAGGCAAGAGAUGAAGAUGCUAACUGAUUUCCUACCUCUUUUCACUGCUCUGCAAUGUAUAGUUAUUACUGGCAAACCCUUUGAAAUCAUUGAUGCUCAGUUGACAGAGACCCUGGUGUCUCGUAUCAUCUUCAAUGACGGACUUGACACAUUAAGCCUUCAUAAUAUCAAUUUAACAGCCAAACCUGCCGCAGCUAUCGCUAGAUCUCUGCACCAGGCUCCUGGCCUGCGCGUACUCCAUUUGUCAGAAAACCCUCUUGGUGAAGGAGUAAGUGUUCUCACUCAACAUCUCAGCCGUGUUCCUCACCUGAUAGGGCUGUACCUUAGUAAUGUUAAAAUGACAAAGCAACAAGUGAAUGAUUUGAGUGCAGCUGUACGUCAGAGUAACAUCAACCUUUUGCAGACACUCUACCACGAUGACGAAGGGAAUGUCAAACCUGAAGAAGAAUGGCCAACAGAUGAGUACUGGAGUGAUUAUUGGUGGGAAUCAGAAGAAGAGUCAGAUCCUGGGUCAGUUACUGACUCAGGUGAUGAGGAGGAGCCUGGGUCAGUUACCACCUCAGGUGACUAGGAGGAUCCUGGGUCAGUUACUGACUCAAGUGACAAGGAGGAUCCUGGGUUAGUUACCGACUCAGGUGACGAGGAGGAGCCUGAGCAUAUAAGGAAAAGUAUGGGGAAAGAAACAUGGUCGAUUUGCUAUGAUAAAUAUUUCGAAGUAUGAACAUUUCACAAGUAAAAUCAUUAGAACUUACUCACUGGCUGUUUCAGGCCUGCUCUGUUUGUGCAACAGCUCACGUGAAGUCUCAUGCUGCAAUCCAUCAAGUAGAAGAGGAUAACGGGAUUUAUGGGACGGCAUUGAAAGUCACCCACCCCACCCCACCCCCCCCCCCUCCAACUCACCACGAGGCCUCUAUUUCUCAUAUAUCUCCUAGUGGUAUCUCAAGAUUUCCAAUUUCCUGUCCUUCCCUCCUUCUCGGAUUCUAACUUCCAAAUGGUUUUCUGUUAGAAAAGCCUCGGUCAAAUUCAUCAAUUUGCAAACUAUAGUGGAAGGGGGACCGUGCGAUAUUUUUGUAA